GUAUUCAGGAGGGGACGCAAUGUACCAAAUGUAAAAAUAACUGGGCACUCAAGUUUUCCAUCAUCUUAUUAUAUAUUUUAUGUGCCUUGUUAACAAUCACAGUAGCCAUUCUGGGAUACAAAGUUGUAGAAAAAAUGGACAAUGUGACCGGUGGCCUGGAAACGUCCCACAGAAGAUAUACAGAAAAGCUCACAGAGGUGGAGAGUGGUCUGAAGAAAUUAGAUGACCAAGCUGGACAAAAAGCCAUGAAUACCAACACUGAACUGUCUAGCUUCAGAUCUGACAUUCUGGCUCUUCGUCAGCAGCUUCAUGACAUUGCGGAGAAAACUACCAGAAACAAAGAUACACUGGAGAAGCUGCAAGAGUCUGGAAAUGUAUUAGAUGAUAGACAGAGCCAAAUGAGAAGUGCCUUAGAUAGUAACUCUUUCAUGAUCAUUAGUGUCAAUAAGACUCUUCAGGCAUAUACUGGCUAUAUCAACAAUCUUCAGCAAGACACGAGUAACAUUCAAACAAAUUUGCAAAACCAAGUGCAUUCUCAUAAUGUGGUCAUCAUGAACCUGAACAACUUAAACCUGACACAAAUACAGCAAAGAAAUCUUAUCAGUGUCCUGCAGAAGUCAAUGGAAGAUACAAGCUUGGCUAUUCUAAGAAUCAAAAAUGACUUUCAAAAUCUGCAGCAGGUUGUCCUUCAAGCCCGGAAGGACACUGACUGGCUUAAGGAAAAAGUACAAAAUUUACAGACUUUGGCCGCCAACAACUCGGCAUUGGCAAAGGCUAACAAUGAUACACUUGAAGACAUGAACAAUCAGCUCAGCUCCUUCAGUGGGCAAAUGGAGAAUAUCACCACAAUUGCUCAAGCCAAUGAACAAAAUCUAAAGGAUCUCCAGGAACAGCAUAAAGAAUAUGAGAACAGAACUUCUGCCAAAUUCAACCAGCUAGAAGAGAGGUUCCAGGUCUUCGAAACUGAUAUAGUCAAUAUCAUUAGCAACAUCAGCUACACUGCUCAUCAUCUACGGACACUGACCAGCAAUCUCAAUGAGGUCAGGACAACAUGUACAGACACCUUAAGUAAACAUUCAGAUGAGCUGAUUUUUAUGAACAGCACACUGGCCAAUAUUCGCUUAGACUCUGCAUCUCUCAAGACACAACAGGAUUUGAUGAGGUCAAGGUUAGAUGUUGAAGUUGCCAAUUUGUCGGUAAUCAUGGAAGAAAUGAAGCUGGUAGAUUCCAAACAUGGCCAGCUUAUCAAGAACUUCACUAUCCUACAAGGCCCUCCUGGUCCAAGGGGACCUAAAGGUGACAGAGGCCCUCAAGGUCCCCUUGGCCCCACUGGUCUGAAAGGACAAAAAGGAGAGAAAGGAGAGCCUGGACCACCAGGACCUGCGGGUGAGAAGGGCCCACCUGGGCCAGCUGGGCCACCAGGAGAAAAAGGAGGGAAAGGUUCAAGAGGAUCACCUGGCUCCAAAGGGCAGAGAGGUUCUCCUGGCAAGACGGGUCUGCCUGGACCAAGCGGAGACCCGGGGCCACCAGGUCCACAAGGCAAAGACGGUCCACCUGGGCCACAGGGCCCACCAGGAUUUCAAGGCCUGCAAGGAACUGUGGGAGAGCCAGGAGUACCGGGACCUCGAGGACUACCUGGGCUACCUGGAGUCCCUGGGAUGCCUGGUCCAAAGGGCCCACCUGGCCCACCAGGGCCGCCAGGUCCAAGUGAACCUACAUCAGUGCCCGAGGCUAACGGUUGUUCUCCUCAUUGGAAGAAUUAUACAGAAAAGUGCUACUACUUUUCAAUUGAAAGAGAAAUUUUUGAAGAGGCAAAGUUAUUCUGUGAAGAGAAGGCAUCACGCUUGGUUAUCAUAAACAACAAAGAGGAACAGCAAUGGAUAAAAAGGCAGAUUUUGGGGAAAGGCAGCUUCUGGAUUGGACUCACAGAUUCAGAGAAAGAAAAUGAAUGGAGAUGGCUGGAUGGAUCCUUACCAACUUACACAAACUGGAAAACCGGGCAACCUGAUAACUGGAGCCACGGGCACGGGCCAGGGGAAGAUUGCGCUGGGUUGAUCUAUGCUGGGCUCUGGAAUGACUUCUACUGUGAAGAUGUUAACAAUUUCAUUUGUGAAAAAGACAUGGACAAAGGGCAAAUAUUUGGAGUGUAAUAGGCUGUGACUUUACAGAUACCUACAGAUUAUGGCAAUUUACUUAAAGAAGAAGAAAAUCGUGGGAGAGAGCAACAUUGCCUACCAAAAAUGAAAAAAAAAUAAAUAAAAGCAAA